ACAGGUAUGGGACUUUGAUCUAGUUUAACCGGUUUCGUCAGGCUAUCUAGCCGGUUUCGCCAGGCUGGCUAUAUAAGUUGAAAUUCGUAGAUUUCAGCUGAUCAUAGCUGGUGAGGGUUAUAGGACUAACAUCCCAGACUACUGCAAAUCAUGGCUAACAAGGGUGACGUUUCAAUCGAGUACAUCAUCAAGAACUGCAAAGCCUUCAAGUCAGGAGGAUGCCCUUACAACGACCCAAGGCUCAAAGGCGUCGCUGCCAAGUGUCCCGCAUUCAAAGACUCCAAGGGUAACUUAGCCUGCCCCUUCAAGGCCCGAGCAGACAACACUUACGAGCUCCGGGCGCUCAUGAGCGAGAUGAAGGAGAAGUGCACAGGAAAAGAGGAGUACACCAAGUUCUUUAAGUUGCUGGAAACUAUCAACAAGGAAACCGCCGCGAAGCUUGGUCACUGCCCAUACCACCAACAUGGCUGCCGCGUCAACAACAUUCCUAUCUUUGCUGACUCCAUCACUAAAUAAGUACAAGAAAAAAUGGCGACAGAAACCCCCUUAUUCGUUCAGAAUGUAUAAUCGAAUACUAAUAAACAAAGAAUAAAGUC